GACUAAAGAAACUGUCGCUGGUCUGUGCUGUUGAUUUUAUUCCCCUCAUAAUGACAUUAAUUAAGAAAAAAGAUUUUUCUGGGUUGGAAAUAUAUGCUUGGUUUUCUAUACCUUAGACGCCCACGUCUCUAUAUAAUACGUAAAAUUGUGUUUGUUUGGCGAUUCAAAGAUUGGUUUUGAGGGUUAGGGUUCAUGGGGUUGCAGUGCUUUCAUUUUGUGAGUUAAAUUGGUCAGUAGUCUGUGGGAAUUGAAGGGCUGUUCGGUUGAGAGAUGAGUCGAAGGGUGAGGAGGAAAGGGACACAAUCAAAGGGCAAGGAGAAGACAAUUGAGCAAGGUUACUCGGUGGGAAUUGGUGAUCGGAUAUCCAGUUCGGAAAGGGAUGGAGAGGUUGAUUGGACGAGCUUGCCCGAUGAUACCGUUGUUCAGCUGUUUUUUUGUCUUAACUACCGAGACCGGGCAAGCUUGGCUUCAACCUGUAGAACAUGGCGGGCUUUGGGUUCUUCUUCUUGUUUAUGGAAUUUUUUGGAUCUUCGUGGGCACAAGUGUGAUGCUGCUAUAGCAUCUUCCCUUGCCUCCCGUUGUUCAAAGCUUCAGAAGCUCCGGUUUCGAGGGGCCGAGGCAGCCAAUGCUAUAAUGAAUCUCCAGGCACGGGGUUUAUGCGAAAUCAAUGGUGAUUUCUGUCGUGAUAUUACUGAUGCUACUCUCUCAAUGUUGGCAGCUCGGCAUGAGGCACUUGAGAGUCUUCAGCUUGGGCCUGAUUCCUGUGAAAGGAUCAGUAGUGAUGCUAUAAAAGUAGUUUCUCUCUGUUGCCCUAAGUUGAAGAAAUUGCGGCUUUCAGGCGUUGGGGACAUUGAUGGAGAUGCUAUUAAUGCACUGGCAAAGAAUUGUGGGCAGCUGGUAGAGAUUGGUUUCAUGGACUGUGUGAAUGUUGAUGAGUUGGCAUUGGGAAAUUUAGUCACAGUGCGUUUUCUUUCAGUUGCUGGGACAAGAAACAUCGAAUGGAGUUCAGCUUCACAAAUUUGGUGUAAGCUGCCCUACUUGAUUGGGUUAGAUGUUGGUAGAACUGAUAUCAGCUCCAGUGCUGUCUCGAGAUUGCUGUCGUCAUCACAGAGCUUGAAGGUCUUGUCUGCCCUUCACUGCUCCCAUCUCGAAGAAGAAGGCAACUAUAUGUCAUAUAAUUACAAUGGUAAAUUAUUACUUGCUGUUUUCAAUGACAUUUUCAAAGCACUGGCUUCAUUAUUCCCCAAUGUUACGAGCAAUUAUAGAAAGGUGUUCUCAGAUUGGAGGAAUUUGAAGAAUGUCGAUAAAAAAUUAAAUGAGAUUAUGUCUUGGCUUGAAUGGAUUCUCUCGCAUUCUCUGCUGCGUAUUGCUGAGUGCAAUCCACAAGGGUUGGAUAGUUUCUGGCUCAGGCAAGGGGCUGCACUGUUUCUAAAUUUAAUUCAGAGCUUGCAGGAGGAUGUUCAAGAAAGUGCGGCUACAGGACUUGCUACGUUCGUUGUCAUUGAUGAUGAUAAUAUUACAGUCCAUUGUGGAAGGGCUGAAGUGGUUAUGCAGGAUGGUGGAGUACGUUUGCUUCUAGACCUUGCAAAAUCUUGUCGAGAGAGUCUGCAGUCAGAAGCAGCUAAGGCUAUAGAAAACUUGUCUGUUAAUGCGAGAGUUGCUAAAGCUGUGGCAGAAGAAGGAGGAAUCAAUAUCCUUGCUGAUUUAGCAAGAUCCAUGAAUAGGUUGGUUGCUGAAGAGGCUGCUGGCGGACUAUGGAAUCUUUCUGUGGGAGAGGAGCACAAGGGUGCCAUUGCUGAGGCAGGUGGUGUAAAAGCUCUAGUGGAUCUUAUUUUCAAGUGGCCUACCUCUGGUGGCGAUGGAGUUCUUGAACGUGCUGCUGGAGCACUUGCAAAUUUGGCAGCUGAUGACAAAUGUAGCAUGGAAGUUGCUCGGGCAGGUGGUGUCCAUGCUUUGGUGAUGCUUGCUCGGUCUAGCAAGUUCGAGGGAGUGCAAGAGCAGGCCGCUCGUGCUUUAGCUAAUUUGGCUGCUCAUGGAGAUAGUAACAGUAACAAUGCUGUAGUUGGACAAGAAACAGGUGCAAUUGAAGCACUUGUGCAACUGACGUACUCCCAAAAUGAAGGUGUCAGGCAAGAAGCUGCCGGUGCUUUAUGGAAUUUGUCAUUUGAUGACAGAAAUCGAGAAGCAAUUGCUGCAGCUGGUGGUGUUGAGGCUUUGGUUGCUCUUGCACAGAAUUGCACGAAUGGUAUUGCUCCCCAAGGUCUUCAGGAAAGGGCUGCAGGAGCUUUGUGGGGAUUGUCAGUAUCAGAAGCUAAUAGCAUUGCUAUUGGACGGGAAGGAGGUGUUUUGCCUCUUAUUGCACUAGCACGGUCAGAUGUUGAAGAUGUUCAUGAGACUGCAGCUGGGGCACUCUGGAAUCUUGCCUUCAAUUCAGGCAAUGCUCUUCGUAUUGUUGAGGAAGGGGGAGUUCCAGCCCUUGUUCAUCUUUGUUCUUCAUCAGAAUCAAAAAUGGCACGCUUUAUGGCUGCUUUGGCAUUAGCUUACAUGUUUGAUGGGAGAAUGGAUGAAAUUGCAUUGGUAGGAUCAUCAUCAGAAGGUGUUUCAAAGAGUGUCAGCUUAGAUGGUGCUAGGAGGAUGGCCUUGAAGCACAUUGAAGCCUUUGUGCUUACAUUUUUUAAUCCACAAACCUUCAACACGGCAGCUGUAUCAUCAGCUCUUUUAGCCUUGGCACAAGUGGCUGAAGCAGCACGUAUUCAGGAAGCUGGGCAUCUGAGAUGCAGCGGAGCUGAGAUUGGACGGUUUGUUGCCAUGCUUAGAAAUUCUUCUUCCAUACUAAAGGCUUGUGCAGCUUUUGCUCUUCUCCAAUUUACCAUCCCAGGUGGCAGGCAUGCAAUGCACCAUGCAGGUCUCCUGCAGAAAACUGGAGCAACUAGGGUCCUACGUGCUGCUGCUGCAGCGGCAACAGCUCCUAUCGCAGCCAAAGUCUUUGCAAAGAUUGUACUCCGGAAUCUUGAGCACUAUAAUGUAGAAGCUUCCUUAUGAAGGACCGAUACAACAGAAGCAACGAGUUUUUUCUGGCUCCAAA